UCGAGUUAGAUUGUAUGUAUUUAUUAAUAUUAAUUUUUAUUUUAAAAAUACUUUUGGGAUUGAUUACUCUGCACUGACGAUUUGCGAGCACGAUUUACGGCCUAUGUACCCCAUCAGUUUCAUGCUAUUCGUCAAAACAGCGAAGAAAAUAGAGCAAAUUGCCGAAGACAGGGCUCCUUUUAAUUUCCUUUUCCUUAACAAUUGACUUUGGUAAACUCCGACCUGGCAACCUUUGAGAACGCGAUAUUCGAGAUUUAUUUUUCAUCUGGCAAUGUAUUGAAGCUUCACCUGAAGGGACAAGGGCAGGAGAUAUACGGGAACAUCAGCACCUGCAAGUUCCCGUCCAAGCCUCUCACUACCCUGACAUGGAAACAUAGCGCUGUUCCUUCAGUGUCAUUCGGCCAAAAUUCUGGAGCUUCCUAACAAGUGGAUUGACUGCAGUGGCUUAAAAAGCAGCUCACCACCAACUACUUUCUUAAGGGCAAUUAGUGAUGCAUUAUUAAUGCCAGCAAUACUACUACAAAUGCCACUAGAAUCAAGUUUGUCAAAAAAAAAUCCCAGAAAACACAUUUCUGGUCCUCAGGACUUAUGAAAGGUCUUAGGUUCUGUGGACUAAGGAAGAAAUAUUGGCCCAAGGAUGUUCCUUUGCACCCCAAACACUCCCCCAAACUCCUGUUUAAAACAAAUGGAAUGACAACAUUCUGCACAGGAGGCAUAGAAAUUGAGAAAGGACAGAAACUUGGAGGUAGUGCAUUCAGUUUCAGAAUGGACAACACUAAAUCAACACUGUUAAAAACAGUUGAAGAACUGACAGAUGAGGAGUACACCAAACUUCAAUUUUUGCUGGGAGAAACCCCUGGGAAAACAAAAAUUCCAAGAGGAAAGCUACAAAACAAGUCAAAAGUGGAGCUCGUACAAACAUUAAUUAGUUACCAUGGCAAUCAGGCAGCCAAAGUUCUGACAAAAGGAUUGUUGAAUAUACCUCGCAAGGAUCUUCUUCCAAUCAAAGUUGGGUGCAACGGGCAGGAGGGAGUGUGCAAACAGACAAUUGGCAUUAAAACAAUAGGUCCAGUAAAACGCAAAAAUAGACAAUCAACCAAAUUACAGCAAAUGCAAAGUAGAAAGAAACAAAAAAUUGAAUCAACAGCAAAAGUGCCAUUCAUCAAAGGUACCAAAGUGUCUCAAGGCAGUCUGGCCAUAUUACAGCAAAAGCAAAGUGCAAAGGAACAAAAAAUUAUCUCAACAGUAAAGAAAUUUGUACCUCAGAUCACAACUUUAAAGGAACUGAAAGCACUGCAAUUAACUGAAAACGAUUGUCGGAAAGAUCUGAUUGUCAGAGGGAAGAUUAUUGAAAAGUUCACCCAUAAUUACAUAAGUCGUCAAAAAAAGAAAAUGAAGGUUUUCCAUGCAACAAUAGCAGAUGAAACCGACACCAUCCAAGUGAAAGUGUAUAACAGAGAACAGAAGGAAUUUUGUAAAGGUGCCAAUGUUCAGAUAACCAGUUUUAUAUUUUCAAAUGAGGUGAUGAAGGUAACAAAAAUCUCGCAAAUCACCAGACUGGAAAAAGAUGCAAUCAAAGUGUUAGAAGAUGUACCAGUCCUCAGUCUGAGAGAAAUCAAACAAAAGCCUGCAGGAACGUUUGUAAAUGGAUGUUUCAAGAUCAUAAAGGUUUCAAACCCACCAAAAAAAGAUACAUUUCCACUUUAUGUUACUGUUGCAGAUGAAUCAGAUGAAAUUGAUGUUGUCAUAUUCAAGCCAUCAAAAACAUUGUCCUUUGAGACAGGAAAAGAACUGAAGAUGAUGGGUUUUAAAGUGAAAGUGUACAAAAAUGUCAAACAGCUUUAACAUCAAAAUGGCAGUUAUUUGAAGGUGCUGUGA